AUGGACUUCACAUCCCCCCUCAACAUCCCCCUCCAAACAAUGCCCUCGCGGACCCCCUACCUCAGUCUAACCUUCUCCCCCUGUCCCGCCUCUACCCCCACUGUCCCAUCCCUCCCCCCUUACACCUCCACCUGCACCUCCAAAACCAUCACUUCACUACCACCCGCGUACACGGGCCAAGACGCAAACACUUCAUCGCGCACUCCAACAGCACCUCAACCACCACCACCACCACCACCAGCAUCAUCAGCAGGUGAAGCGCAAGUGCAAGCACCAAAGCCCACCACGCACAGCGCAGCGAUUUCGCCGCGGGACCUCGAGGCAGCGACGGGAAUGAGGGGAGUAGCUAUGCCGGGGGAAACGCGUAGGAAAAUCAUGUGUUUUGCUGUUUAUGUGGUUUUUGGGUUGGCGUGGAUGGGGGCGCUGUGGGUUGUGGUCAAGUUGUUGCAGUUGUGA